AUGUCCAAACGCUUCCUCACAACUGGAAGAGAGGAGCUUCGGGAGUUAGAGCAGCAGAUUGCCACACUGGAGCGAAGCCUCGGGACAACUCGAGAGGAUAUUAUGCGGCCAAUCCGUCAAGCCAGAACCCAUGUGACUCCAAGCCUCACUCAGGCAAAGUUUUCGGAAAUCACUAGAAUUUUAAAAGAACGAGAUACAGAAUUCAGGAAGCUUGAGGGCGCCAUUGAAGUCUUUCGCAAUAGCGUCGCUGAUAGCCAUCAACCAGCGCAAAAGCUCCAUGACGCUACAGUCCACGCAGCAAGAAAGACCGCUGCCGCUACUGCAUCCGUCGAUACACUUAUAACGAAUAUGUCGAUCACGAACGCCGCACAGUUCUCCCGCGUGAUCGUCGAGUUACUAUGGGUGGUCGAAUGGUUCAGAUCAAGACCGAAUUUUACAUCCUUAAUGAGAAAUUUAUUCGAGGAGUCGAUACGUCUAAUGAAGAAAGAAUCGUAUAGAGAAAUCACAGCAGAGGAGAUUAACGCGAUCAAAGCUGCGAUGUUUGCAAUUAGUGAGUUGCGGGAUGCCAAUGGAACUGGCUCGUUGCCCGGAAUGUGGGGCAAAUGUUGGUGGACAGAAUCACACCGCAGUUGGAGGCGUGACUCGUGCAAUGAAAAUGGAAAUUUAGGAUACUGUAUCCGUAUUGGAUUGGAUGUGAGAAAACCAGGAAAGGAGGGCCGUGACGCUGAUCCACCUUUGCUUGAAGAGCCAUUUUUGUAA